ACAACAAUUGAUAGAUGUCGCUGUAUUGACUCUGAAAAGGGUGCGGUACACGGUAAUCGCCAUACUGGACGAACGUGACCAAAGACAGAGCGAAAAUGAGUACUAGAGUGUGUGUCAUAUCAAAGCUAUUUCACUCAUAACAGAGGGUUUAUUUUGACAGUGUGAUUUGCGAAUGACCCACACGAUGUUUAAUAUAUCGGCUGAACCCUAAGGGAAUCCAAUAAGUGUCAAUCUCUACGCGUGACUGCGUAAGAUCAGAAAUAUCGCAGCUCGGGUUUCCUUACAACGGGUUGUCGCUGCAUGUGUCACUGUGAGUGCAGCUUGUGCUUCAGUUUCGAACUUCAUUCUCUUUGUUAACAUUUACGUGCAUAUUAUUAGCAGUGUACUUGUGGUGGAAUAGAUGCAAUAUUAAGGUAACUUCUUUGAAUUACCACCGAUGAGUUUGACUGUGUUGUGCUCUGUUCGGUGCUGCUCCUUCAACUAAUCGCGUGUGUAAUGCCCGGGAGUCGCUCUAGCACGGACCCAGAGCACAAGUCACCGCGGGAAAGUGGUGAAGAUUCAGAAGAUGAGAGUGAAAUCCUGGAAGAGAGCCCCUGCGGGCGGUGGCUCAAACGCCGCGAAGAGGUGUAUGUAGGUUCCAAAUCCACAUUAGCCGAAGGCUCUACAUUUGGAACAGCCAGAGGCAGUGAAAACGAAGUUACUGAAAUGGAGGUGGAACAACGUGAUGUACCAGGAAUCGAUUGUGCCUAUUUGGCAAUGGAUACAGAAGAAGGUGUUGAAGUUGUUUGGAAUGAAGUGCAAUUUUCAGAAAGGAAAAACUUCAAAGCACAAGAAGAAAAAAUACAACUUGUAUUUGAAAAUCUUACACAGUUGGAACAUCCUAAUAUUGUUAAAUUUCAUAGGUAUUGGACAGAUACCCAUAAUGAUAAACCUCGGGUCAUAUUCAUAACUGAGUAUAUGUCUUCUGGGUCUUUGAAACAGUUCCUAAAAAGAACAAAGCGUAAUGUCAAAAAAUUACCCUUGCAAGCAUGGAAACGUUGGUGUACUCAAAUACUUUCUGCUUUAAGUUACUUGCAUUCUUGUUCACCUCCCAUUAUUCAUGGAAAUCUUACUUGUGACACAAUAUUUAUUCAACAUAAUGGACUUGUAAAAAUUGGUUCGGUGGCUCCUGAUGCAAUUCAUCAUCACGUUAAAACAUGUAGAGCAAAUAUGAAAAAUAUGCAUUUUGUAGCCCCUGAGUAUGGAAAUUCUGUAACUCCUGCUAUUGAUAUUUAUUCAUUUGGAAUGUGUGCUCUGGAAAUGGCUGCGUUAGAAAUUCAGGGUAACGGAGAGACUGGUACGAUCGUGACCGAUGAUAAUGUUCGAAAAACCAUAGAAUCAUUAGAUGAUGGCCAACAAAAAGAUUUCAUUCGAAAAUGUCUUCAAGUAGAUCCGCUUAGUAGACCAAGUGCAAGGGAGCUUCUUUUUCAUCCAGUUUUAUUUGAAGUACAUUCAUUGAAAUUACUUGCUGCUCAUGCUUUGGUUAAUUCAGCCACUAAUAUUUCGGAAACAAUAACGGAUGAAGUAUUGCAAAGGCUCUAUGGUCCUGAUACCGUAGUUGCGGAAAUUAAGUAUCAAAAUCGACCAUCGCAGCAGAUUCGAUUAAGUGAUAUUCCUGUUACAGAAAAAUUAGAAAAAUUCGUGGAAGAUGUAAAAUAUGGUAUAUAUCCCCUGACAGCAUUUAUGGCGAAACUGCCACCACCUGUUCGACCAAGGGCUAUAUCACCUGAAGUUACUGAAUCAGUGAAAUCAGUUACACCUGAACCGGUGGAUGUAGAAUCUCGAAGAGUAGUUAAUAUGAUGUGUAAUGUUAAACCUAGAGAAGAAAGUUGUGAAUUACUUAUGACAAUAUUAUUACGAAUGGAUGAUAAAAUGAAUAGACAAUUGACAUGUCCUGUGAGUCAAUUAGAUACUUCAAUGCUUCUCGCUCAGGAGCUUGUACAUUUUGGAUUUAUUAAUGAGAACGACCGUGAUAAAAUAGCAAAUUUAAUCGAAGAGGCAUUAAGAAGUUGUUUUAAUAAACAAAUGAUGACACCUGGAAUGGUGUCAUUAACUAAUCUUCCCACUCAAACUACUUUAUUGCUGCCUGGUCCAGAGUUUCCAUGCUUACAACACUUUGAUAAUUCUAUGUAUAAUGCGACAACAUCUCAUAGUGAUAGUGUAAUAACUAACCCGCUGCCAAAAAGUUCAUGUCUCCCGAUGUCAAGUAACACGAAUAGAAGUCACGAUGAAAUAGAACCACCGUCGAAUGCUGAAAGUGGUAGUUAACCAUCCAGGAUAUUUGGUAACUCAGUUCACUGUGCCACUUUGCACGCUCUAUGUAUAGACUGGCUAUGUAUUUUUAUAUUUAAGUAAACAGGAAGAAAGAAUGAAAUUAAAUGAUUAAAAGAAAAAAAAUAAAAAAUAGAAAAAAAGAAAAAGAGUGCCGUGGCUAAAGUAAUAGAUUAAAAAAAUAUUAACGCGGUAGAAUCAAACAUUUUUAUGUUUAGUGUGUUCUACUUAAAAUUAAAUCUAAUAAUUAAUUUUUUUUCUUUUUAAUUAAAUAAUAUAUUAAUUUUGAAAGCUAGGAUAUACAUAUUGAAUAAAUUUUAAUUGAAUGAAAAUAAAAAAUGCGCUAUAUUAUUUCAUAUUCAAUUGACCAUAUAGCAUCUAAUUAUUAUAAAUAAUCAUGGAUUCUUGUUACUAGACUAAAAUAUAAUAAAGGCCAUUUUAUUGUUGAAUUUUGAAUUCAUUGGAAUUUUUAUUUCAAAUUAUUAUUUCAAAUAACUUUCUUUAUUUAUAUAAUUGGGAUAUAUCAUAAAAACUUAUUUUUAUAUACAAAUUGACAUAAACUAACUGGGGGGAGGGGGGAAUGAUUAAAUGUUAUUAAGUAUGAAAGAAUAAUUUUAUUAAUCAAUGCGAAAAUAAUAAAAAUAAAGAAAAACUAAUGAGUAUCGCAUUUAUUUCGCUUUAAUUCGAUGUAUAUUGUGAUUUAUCUUAACCCAAAUCGCCAUAUUCUUUUCAAUUAUUAAAAUAAAAUAAAUAAAAAAUUUAUUUAUUAAAAAAAAAAAAAGAAUAGUAGCGCAUGUAAAAUUUAGUAAAACGUAAUAUAAAAAUUGUUUAAAUAUAAUCAUUUUGUAAUUCAUUUUUUUUUUUCUCUUAUUUUUAAAUUAUAAUAAUCGAAUACAGCCACGGCUCUCCUAUACUUCGGUAUUAUUGAUGUGAUUAAACCAAGAUUAUUAAAUCUCGAUAAAAUUAGCUGAAAUCCUUGUAAAUAAUUUAUAUUUUUAAGAAAAUCUGUUGACACAGAAAACUAGUCAUAUAGAUAUAUUCGAGUGCUAACAAACUAACACCGACCUUAUUAUUAUAUCUUUUUGCAUUUAUAACAUAUGCUUGGCCAAGAAAUAUUGCUCCGAUUUCAUACCUCGGCAAAUGAAGAAAAAAAAAAUGAAAUUUUCAGUGAAGCAUUUCACUAAAAAAAAUGACUAAUUAUUAGAGGUAAAACGAAGAUGCAAAACGAAGAAAAAAAUAAAUGAAGUAACUGCAGCAAUUAUUACCGAUAACAUACAGUUUGAUCUUAAAUAUGUAAGUAGAUUAUUGAGAUAAAAAUUGAAUGUAUAGCUUUAUAAUUCAAAUUAUUAAAAA